GCAGCGACGUCACGCUUCCCCUCGCUGGCGGCCCAUUGGUGAUCCUUGCCGCCAUUUUCCGGGUCAGAAAACUGGUCGGAGGAGAAUCGCGGUAGCUGUCGGGUUAGAAACAACGGCGCCGUUCAAGGCAGAGCGACCUGGCACCGUUGGAGCCGGACAGCUUCUCCAUUCAGGCUCCUGCCCGAAUUGGGGAGAACCUCCAGAAUUCUGGUGACCCAUGGAAGGGCACUGAGUCGAAUCGCGAAGUAUCCAAGACCCCUCAAAACAUUCGAGCCACAGAGGGCCAUCGGAAGCCACGCCCCUAGGAGGAGUCGGAAAGCCUCGCCGUGGAGGAAGAAAGCCUACGGGCUGCCCCCGGGGCGGAGCAAUGGCCACACCCCCGGGGGCCGGUCCCGCUGCUCUGCGCUUUGCAGCCGCUGCCAGCUGGCAAGUAGUCCGCGGACGCUGCGUGGAAAAUUUCCCGCGAGUAUUGGAAUUUCUGCGAUCCCUGCGCGUUGCUGCCCCUGGCUUGGUUCGCUACCGCCACCACGAACGCCUGUGUAUGGGGCUAAAGGCCAAGAUGGUGGUGGAGAUGAUCCUGCAGGGCCGGCCUUGGGCCCAGGUUUUGAAUGCCCUGCAUCGCCACUUCCCAGAGUCUGGACCUGUAGUGCGGGACCCCAAAGCUACAAAGCAGGAUCUGAAGAAGAUCUCAGAGGCACAGGAAGCCUUUUGCCAGCAAGUGAAGCGGCUGGUAGAGGCCCCUGUGGAUUUGGCUUCAAAGCUGCAGGAACUUCAACAGGAGUAUGGGGAACCCUUUCUGGCUGCUAUGGAAAAGCUAUUUUUUGAAUAUUUGUGUCAGCUGGAAAAAGCACUGCCUCCUCCGCAGCUUCAGGAUGUGCUGAGUUGGAUGCAGCCUGGAGCUUCUGUCACUUCUUCUUUUGCUUUGAGCCAGUAUGGUGUGGACAUGGAGUGGCCACUGCCAGAGUGCUCUGUUGCUAAUUCAGUGAACAUGACAGAACCCACGGAGCAGAGUCCUCCUCAGCAACCAAGACCAGCACUCCACCACCUGCCAAAAGCCACCCCUGGCCCACACCUUCCUCAGGAACCAGCCUCAAGGAUGCACCCAGAACCACUGGCUGGUCACCACUUCAGUUUGGCCCCUCUAGGCCGGCGAAGAAUCCGGUCCCAGUGGGCAUCCACUAGGGUAGGCCGUAAGGAGCGCCCCACAGUCAUGCUGUUCCCCUUUAGGAAUCUGGGUUCACCAACCCAGGUCAUAUCUAAACCUGAGAACAGGGAAGAACAUGGGACACACAUGGCAGAUGCAGCAGGUGCUGUUGGUACAAGAGCAGCCUCCACUGGAAAGUCUAGGAGUCCAAAUCAGACCCUGGGCGGAAGGGCUAUGAAGAACCCAGUUGACCUGUCUGCCUCAGAGCAAAAGGAGAAUUGCUGGGAUUGCCCCAUGGAGUCCCUGAGACUGUCAUCGCCUCCUAGGGCCAGGAAACCAGUGUGUCUCCCAUCUCCGUGCAGCCCUGUCAUUACCAUAGGGGACUUGGUUUUGGACUCUGAUGAGGAAGAAAAUGGCCAGAGGGAAGGAAAGGAGUUUUUGGAAAACUAUGAGAAGACAAAGUUUAACACUCUGAUCCCCACCUUCUGUGAAUACCUCCCCGCUUCUAGCCCCAGUAUCAUGCCUGUCCCUUCCCAUGACCAUACAGACUCUAGAGCUCUAGACUCCUGAUAGGACUGGGAUGCCCUCUGCGCUCUGCCCUGUUUCCUUCUCACGUCUACAUGCAGUUUAGUGGUAAUAAAGUGAAAGCUCAGGCUUGGGUUGCCUGGCUACCUUGCCAAAAUUACUUUGUAAUGCUUGAUAAUUAAAUUUGGGAUUUAUUAAAACACUGUGUUGGUGUGAGCAAGGGGAAUUAAGGCUUCUGUAAGGUUAGUGUAGAUCAUUCCUUAAAACAGAACUGGCCUCUCCAAGGGCUAAAAGAAUCCCUUUGCCCUUUUACUUCCCUUGGAAAGUGUUGUUCAGAUGUGUCAGAAGGAUUACCAGGACGAACCUGGACGGAAAAUUUCCUUUUGCUAUUUUGAAAAUAU